CCCUCGUCAGCUUCUGCUCCGGCGAGAUCUCCCCUCUCCUCCCAGCGCCGCGCAGCCAGCCAUGGACGCCGUGGACUCCGUCGUCGACCCGCUCCGGGAGUUCGCCAAGGACAGCGUGCGCCUCGUCAAGCGCUGCCACAAGCCCGACCGCAAGGAGUUCACCAAGGUGGCGGUGCGGACGGCGAUCGGGUUCGUCGUCAUGGGCUUCGUCGGCUUCUUCGUCAAGCUCAUCUUCAUCCCCAUCAACAACAUCAUCGUCGGCUCCGGCUGAUUUGGUCCCCGCAGGCGAGGUGGUGCAGGAUGAGCGGACGGUGUCGAUUCAUGGAGGUGGCGCUGUUUUUCUUGUCCUGGUACCGUAAAGCAAUUCAUUUAGGAGUUCAUUGUGGAGGACAGUUCCCUUUUGUGUUUUUCAUUUGAAAGAGUUGUAUUGGUAGACCUGGGGCAGGCUUUGUACCUGAUACCGGCUAGACCUUAAUAUGAAGAAAUAGCGAGUAACAAGAAUUGAGACCAUAUCAUUUUCUCUCA